AUGAAGUUCACAACACUUUUAAGUGCAGCUUUAUUGCUAUGCUUAACAGAAGCCAAGUUAAGACCAAGACCUUAUACAGAAGAAGAAUAUGCUGUUCAGUCAUGUAAAAUGGCCCUUUUCAAAACUGGUACAUUUUGUGAAGGUACACCAAAUAAAAAGAAUUAUAAAUGUGAAUGUUCAAAUGAAGUUGCACUUGGUUCAAUGUUAUAUUGUAUUUAUGAAGAAGUUGGUAGAACUGAAAAAUCUGAUGAAGCUUUAAUAAAUCAAUGUAAAGCUGCAAAGAAGAAAUAUACUGCUGAAAAAUUGGCUAAAAUUUAUGAUAAUGCUACACAAUAUAUAACAUCACCAAAGAAAAUUGAAGGUUUUAACAAAUCUGAACCAGUUUAUGUCCCAUUAAAAUAUAAACAAGCUGUUUAUAAUGCCUCAUAUGAUUCAUACAAAAUGAGAUGGGGUAAUGAAGAUGAAUCUCUUUGGUUUGGUGCUGGAUUAUUAGGUUAUUGGGCAGUUAUUUUAUUAGUUGCAACAAUUUAUAAUUUUGCAUCAAAAAUUUCAGUUGUUGGUAAAUUUUUCAAUUCCAAACCAAUAAAUACCAUUAGACAAUAUAUUAGUAUGGCUUCAUUAUUUUCAAACAAGAAACAUACAGAUGCUGUUUAUCCAUUAGGUAAAAAAUAUUUUAGUUUCAUUUCUGGUGUUUUACCAACAAGAAUUGAAACUUUAGUUUUAUUUGGUUGGUUUGUAUUGAAUGUUGUAUUUGAAGGUGUUAGAUAUAGAUAUGUUAAAGAUAAUGUUAUUUGGAAAGAUAGAACUGCACAAAUGACAAGAUAUCCAGGUGAUAGAUCUGGUAUUUUAGCAUUAUAUGGAUUCAAUUUAACUUAUUUAUUUGUUGGUAGAAAUAAUUUCUUACUUUGGUUAACAGGUUGGAAACAAUCAACUUUUGUUACAUAUCAUAAAUCAAUUUCAAGAAUAAAUUUCCUUACAUUGGUUUUACAUGCUGCUACAAUGCAUAUGCAAUCAUGGGCUUUAGGUAAAUUUCAAACAAGAAUUUUAACUUUCUGGUAUAGAUGGGGUAUUGUUGCAGGUGUUGCAGCUGCUAUUUUAUUAAUUACAGGUAGUUAUUGGGUUAGAAAAAAUUAUUAUGAAGUUUUCUUAUUAACUCAUAUAAUAAUGGCUGCUAUUUUCUUAGCAGGUACAUGGAUCCAUGCAGGUGAUUUCAAUUAUCAACCAUGGGCUUAUUCAAUGGCUGCUAUUUGGUGUUUUGAUAGAGCUGUUAGAAUUUUCAGAUUGAUUGCAUUUGGUGUUAGAACUGCCACCGCAACAGUUGUUAGUGAAGAAACUUUGAAGAUUAAAAUCCCAAAGGGUAAAUACUGGAAGGCAUUCCCAGGUGCUUUUGGUUAUGUUCAUUUCUUAAAACCAACUACAUUUUUCCAAUCACAUCCAUUCACUAUUGUUUCAGAUGAUGAUAAUGAAAUUGUCUUUUAUACCAAAAUUAAAGGUGGUGUUACUUCACAAAUCCAUCGUCAUUUAAGAAUGAAACCUGGUCAAACUGGUCAAAUUAAAGUCACUGUGGAAGGUCCAUAUGGUGAUCCAAAACCAUUGAAAAGAUAUGAUACCGCAUUGUUAUAUUCAGGUGGUAAUGGUAUUCCAGGAUUAUAUGCUUAUGCUAAGAAACUUGCUGAAAAGACUGAUAAAAAGGUUAAAUUAUAUUGGGUUAUUAGAAAUUGGCAUUCAAUUGAUUGGUUUUAUGAAGAAUUAUUGAAAUUGAAAAACACAGGCGUUGAAGUUGUUCUUUAUGUUACUAAACCAGAAUCUGCUUUAGGUUCAAGAUUUGAUUCAUCAUCAGGUUCAGAUUCAGAAUCAAAGAAUGAAGAUUCAAAUUCAAGUGAAAAACAAAUCAGUGAUUCUGAAAAAUCAGCACAAUUAUCAGCUCAUCAAGUUAUGGCUCAACAUUUAGAUUUUGUUGAAUUUAGAUUUGGUAGACCACAAAUUGAUGAAUUGGUUCACUCAGACUUACAAGAAUCCGUUGGUAAUGUUGGUGUUAUGGCUUGUGCUCAUAAUGCGAUGGUUGAUGAUAUCAGAUUUGCUGUUAAAGAAAACUUGAAUGUUCCACAAGGAAGAGUUGAUUACUUUGAAGAAUUACAACAAUGGUGA